AUGAAUCGCAAAGGCAAAGUCGACACCGCUUCCAACUCCGCUUCGCCGUACACCGGCGGAAUCACCAUAAAGUCCGCCCAGGAACUGGAUGCAAUGCGCCAUGCCGGCGCCAUUGUCGGGGCGACCUUGACUCUUUUGAAGCGGUCUGUCGAGUCUGGUAUCACCACUCGAGAGCUGGACAAUAUUGCUUUCAAGGAAAUUACCAGCCACGGCGCCAAGCCGACCUUCAAGGGUUAUCGCGGUUUCCCCGCCUCGAUUUGCGCGUCAGUCAACGAAGAGAUAGUUCACGGCAUUCCUGGCAAACGAGUGCUUAAAGAAGGCGACAUUAUCAAGAUGGACGUAGGAGCCACCAUUGACGGGUUCAUAGGUGACGCCGCUGUUUCGGUUCCUGUUGGGACAGUUACUCAGGAAGCGAUUGAUUUAAUGGAGGCCACUCGGUUGAGCCUGGAAGAGGGUAUAAAGGCUUCCCAGCCAGGGAAUCGCAUUGGGGACAUCGUCGCGCCGCCGUGCAGACCUAUAGCGAGGCCCGAGGCUAUGGCGUCGUGCGCGAGUUUGUUGGUCACGGAGUGGGACGGUUCUUGCAUGAGGACCCCCAAUGUACCCAACUACGGGCAAGCAGGACGAGGGCAACUACUGCGGGCAGGUAUGUGUAUUGCCAUUGAACCCAUGCUCAAUGUCGGCGAUUGGCAUACCAGGAUUCUCGACGACAACUGGACAGUAGUGACCGCUGACGGUUCUCUUUCUUCCCACUUCGAACAUACCAUUGCGAUUACUGAAGACGGGCCAGAGAUACUAACCAAGCAUACUUAG